AUGGGUGAUUGCAGUGUCACUUUGAUUGAUGAUGUGGAUGCGCUGAGGGACGAUUUGACACUAAAAGUUCGUGUCAUAAACUUGUGGAACCAUAUGUCAUUCUACAACAAGGAUGACAUUUGGGCCAUUGAAUUAAUCUUACUUGAUGAAAAGGAUGGGUCAUCUUUUUACAUCACAAGACCAAGUGUUGCAUCACAAAAGCCCGGUAGUUUCAAACUAACUCCUCAAGAUCAAAAACUAACAUUUGUCCAAGAUACUGUUGUUACAGAAUGUGCAGAAUUUUCUGGAUCUAAAUUUGGAUUUUCAUUUGUUGAGUAUCAAUCUAUACUCUCAUUUCUACGUCCUCAAGAUACAUCUGUUGAUGUUAUUGGAUUGGUAGUUGCUGUUAGUGAGAUGAUGAGAGAUAAUUCAGAUAAGUCUAAACAGAGGCUAACCAUUCACAUCCAAGAUGCGAAUGCUUUGCAACUCCGUGUAAUUUUGUGGGGUGAUUAUGCGUACAAGAUGCAGAAUUACAUAGAUAACAAUCCACCAAAUCAACAUGUUGUUGUUAUACUUCAGUUUGCACAGAUUACUAUUUGGAGAGAUCGUCCAAGUGUUAACACCUACUUUACAUCUUCAAAGUUGUUCAUUAACUCAGAAAUUGAUGAAAUUACUCUCUUCAAAAAAAGUUUAGAUGUGGAUGAUCGUCCUGAUUCGUCUUCAAAUACAAUUUCAGUUAUUGAAUCUAAACAACUUUCUGAAUUUGAUGAUUUCAUAGUUAGAACUAAGCUGAAGACUAUUGCUGAGAUUUUUGAACCCCUUGAGGUUAAUGAUGCAAAAGAUGAUACUAAUGUUCAUCAAUCAAAUGCAAAAUCAAUUUCUUAUGAAUGUCAUAACAGAAAUUGCACAAAAACAACAACUUCUGUUGUACCGAGAUUUAUGAUACCGAUACGUGUGCAAGAUAAUACCGGGACUAUCACCUUAACAAUGUUUGAAAAAGAAGGAAGAUAUCUUUUGAAGAGUUCAGCAAAGGAGUUGGUUAAAAGAAUGACACAGAGUGGAGACAGUACUAAAUUUUUUCCGGGGAAGGUUAAUGCAUUGAAAGGUUUGAAAUUGGCAUUCAAGAUUUCUGUUACGGAUUUCAAUGUGUCAAAAAAAACAAUCAAUAUGGAAUUACUAGAAUCAAUGGCUGCAUCAAAUGUUACUUUAAUUGCUGAUUUAGAUGUUCUAAGGGAUGAUUUAACAUUCAAACUUCGUGUUAUAAACUUAUGGAACCAGAAAUCAUUCUAUAACAAAGAUGAACUUUACUUAAUUGAAUUGAUCUUAAUAGAUGAACAGGGAAACAAAAUCCAAGCAAAUGUCUCAAGGAAAAACAUCUACAGAUUCAUAGAUAUUCUAAAAGAUGGCCAUGCAUUUUACAUAAAAUGUCUAAUCUUUGCAUCAGAAAAUGUUAUUGGAUUAGUGGUUGGAAUUGGUGACAUGUGGCGAGAUAAUGCAGACGUGAACAAACACAGACUCAUCAUCCAAAUUCAAGAUGCAAAUGGUUUGCAACUAUCUGUCGCAUUGUUGGGUCAUUAUGCUUACACAAUGCAAAACUUUAUCGAUAACAACGUACACAAUCUUCGUAUGAUUGUUAUCCUUCAAUUUGCAAUGCUUAAAGUUUGGAGAGGUCGUCCCACAGUUAACACGUACUGUUCCGUGACAAAGCUUUUCAUUGACACUGACAUUGAUGAAAUCAAUGUUUUCAAGAAGAGCUAA